GCCAAGCCCCGCCCCGCCGGGUUCGCGCUCGCCGGCCGCCAUGGAGGCGCUGUCACCGCCGCUCUGCACGCUGCCGCCGGGCCCCGGGCCGCCCCGCUUCGUGUGCUACUGCGAAGGGGAGGGAAGCGGAGAGGGAGACCGCGGCGGCUUCAACCUGUACGUGACCGACGCCGCGGAGCUUUGGAGCACCCACUUCACGCCGGACAGCCUGGCGGCCCUCAAAGCCCGUUUUGGCCUGAGUGCGGCUGAGGACAUCACGCCCCGGUUCAGGGCAGCCUGUGAGCAGCAAGCUGUGGCUCUGACCCUGCAGGAGGACAGAGCAUCCCUGACCCUUUCAGGGGGGCCCUCGCCAUUGGCCUUUGACCUCUCCAAGGUACCAGGCCCAGAGGCAGCCCCCAGGCUGCAGGCACUGACACUGGACCUGGCACAACGCGUGUGCAGCCUGGAGCGGCGCCUGGCAGCUGCAGAACAGACGGCUGCCAGUCCCAGGAAGAGCUCCCAGCCUGCAGCGCCUCAGCUCUUCUUACCAGACCCAGAUCCCCAGAGAGGUGGCCCAGGACCUGGAGUCAAGAGGCGGUGUCCGGGGGAGUCUCUCAUCAACCCCGGCUUCAAGAGUAAGAAACCAGCUGGUGGCGUGGACUUUGAAGAUGCCUGAAGGUGCAGUACCAAGUGUGGCCCUGUGGGGUGCCUGCCUGUGAGGGGAGAGGCCCCAUUAGAGACCCCACCACCACCUCCACCUGCCCAUCCUGGGCCAGGACUAAGGCGGCUCCUCAAGUUCCUUCCCCAUCAAAUAAACGGCUCCUUUGGCUGGAG